UUCAUUUGUACAGGCAUGGCCGAGGGGGACUGCCGGAUCCGAGGAAGGAAGGAGUUCUUCUGUUUGUGUGAAACACCAUCCCGUUCAUGAGUAGCCCCUCCAGCCACCAUGUUUUAGGCUUCUGCAAUGGCGGAAGAGGAGCCCCCGGAAAACAAAAGGCCUCGGAAGAGCACCUCCCUCAGCAGGGCCCAGAGGAGAGCGGCAAGCAGGAGGGAUGGUCCAGAUGCAAAAGGGGGCUUGCCUUUAUCUCCCUCCCCUUCCUCUAUCCUUUCAUUUUUUAAUAACGUUCCCCCGGCCAGAAUUACCUGCCCGUUGUGUGGAGAGAUGGUGCCAAGGUAUGGCAUCAACAGGCACAUUGACGAAGUUUGUGAAAAAGGCCGGGACAACGACGUGAUUCUGGUCGCCUCGUCCUCCGCUUUGGUGGCCGAGGAGGGUGGACCCGGUGUUUCCAGCCCGUAUUUCACCAAGAACGCCUCGGGUCCAGAGAAGAGCCCAAGCCGAGCCUCGGGGGGAGAGCGUGAAACGGAAGCGAGGGCAAGCGAACGGACAAGCCCUUAUUUCAAGAAGGGCAGCCGUCUGGUUUUGAGCGACGGAGAGCCCGGGAUUCGUGCGGUUAAAAGCAUUUCCCUCGGAAGCUUGUCAGCCAGGCUGUCCCGGCGGAGGCACCGGGCCCAGGGCGAGGGGGUUUUGGCCCAAAGUGCCGAGGGCCAUUCAGCUCAAGAUGUUUGGGACGACCCUAAGGAAGCUAAUUCAGGAGAGGCCACUUCUGAGGGUGGCUCCCAAAAAGAGAACCGGUUGCCUUUGGCUGAACUUCAGAGGCAGCACGGCAGGAAAGAAGGUGGAACCUCGUGUGGUUCAGGAAUUCUCUCCAGUGACCUCAGUCAGUCCAUUCCAGAGUCCUCCUCCUCGGAGGGUCCUACCUCUGGUGCCCUCGGGCUGUUCGUAAAGGGCAGCGGGCAGCAGGGCAAUCCAGUUUCAGAUUUAGAAAAACCUGACGUAUGUCCAGCAGCAGAUAAUAAAGCAGGGGACUCUGCUUUGGAAACCAGAACUCUCUUGGAGUUGGCUCCGUUGAGCGAGACCAGAGAGAAGUCCCAUCAUCAUCAAAAACCAAGUUUUUCUUUGGUGGGAGAUGUCGAAGAAGCACCUCCUUUGGAAGAGCCUAAAGAUUUAAGCAAUGAGAGGACAGACGACGCGUGUUUGGAAAAAGUGAGCCUUGAGCAUCCGAGAGGAAGCGUUUUAGAAAAAGUGCCGAAUGGACCUGGUCCUGAAUCGGACUCACAAGGCCAUCCCUAUUAUCUCCAGAAUUUUCUGAUGGUCUUGCACGCUGUGCUAGAGAAUGAAGAUGACCGGAGGCUGUUCGAUGAACAAGACUUGGGUAUCGUUGAUCAGUUCUACCAGCUAUCUGUGGGCGGGCAGAAGCUGUAUGUCCGGCUCUUUCAACGCAAGCUGAACUGGAUAAAAACGAAUAAAAUAGAAUAUCCUGAGAUCAGCCAGGAUCUCUGCCCUGUCCUUGCAGAGCUUGUUCAAGCAAGAUUCCUGGAGUCAGAGGCAGAACUACGAGAUCUACCUGAGGUCCUUGACUUACUCUCUGCCCCUGAGCUGAAAACCUUAGCCAAGGCGUUCCACCUGAAAAACCCAAAUGCUCAAAAACAGCAGCUCCUGGAAGAUUUCCUCACGCUGGCCAAACAACGCUCCUUCUUCAGCAGAAGCCAAGCUGGUGUUGGAGGUGUGAUCCUCAAAAGGGCUAAAGAUCUCGCAGGGAAGUCUGUCCGUGUUUGUAAAGGUCCCCGAGCUGUCUUCUCUCGCGUUCUGCUCCUUUUCUCUUUGUCUGACCCCAUGGAGGAUGAAGAGGCUGGCAGUGGGGGCCAAGGACAGCUUUCAACGGUGCUGAUGGUAAAUAUGGGGCGGAUGGUCUUCCCCGCUUACACGGUCGAGAGAAGAACGCCGAUAUUUCAGGAUCGAGAUGAUUUUAUUAGAUAUGCCACGGCUGCCCACAUGUCGAACGACAUUUCUGUGGCCAUGGUGAAUGGGAAUUGGAAAGGGGCACACAAGCUCUAUGAGACUGCCAGAGAAAUGUGGCAGGAAUUGCAACAUCACCCUUCUCUCAGGCUUCAUGCAGCCCUUCCAGAAUAUCUCCGGCGUUUCACAGUCGGGUGGGUGUAUACACGGAUCCUUUCACGCGGUGUUGAGAUCUUGCAGAGGCUUCACAUGUAUGAGGAGGCGGUGGAGCAGCUACAAGACCUGUUGGGUCAGGAGGUGUAUUGUACCGACAGCCGAGGACGUUGGUGGGAUCGGUUGGCGCUUAACUUACACCAGCACUUGAAAGACACAGAGAAGGCGGUUGGAUGUAUCAGGAAAGGCCUCCAGGAUCCGUUUGUUCGCACGGGCCAUCGCCUCUCCCUCUCCCAGCGAGCCCAGAGGAUGAAAGAGUUGCCGGCCUGUAAGAGGUUCAGGCCUCUCCUUCAAGACCUGCCUCUUUUCCCCGUGGAAGAUGUUGUGCAUGUCACCAUCAAAGGAAAGCUGUGCCCGCAAACCGGGAUGGGGAAGUCUGUGUUCAUUGUGGAUGAAGUGGACCACGGAGAAAACCUUGAACCCUCGACAGCGGUGUGCUGCGUGGAGGAACUUGCCUUGGCCCACUACAGGCAGUGUGGCUUCGACCAAGGGAUGCAUGGGGAAGGAUCAACGUUUAGCACACUCUACGGCCUCCUGAUGUGGGAAAUCCUCUUCAUGGAUGGCAUCCCCGAUGUCUUCAGGAAUCCUUACCAGGCUUUCCCCCUGGAUUUGUACACAGACAGUUUUUACGAGAACCGGCAGUUGGCCAUCGAGUCCAGACUCCAGUCGCUGCACGAGGCUUCCCCGGAGACCCUGAUGGAAUGGAUUGCAGAGGUCUGGGAGGCUCAGGAGGGAAAGGUGGCCGCGCUGAUCAGCUGGGACCGCUUCUCGUCCCUCCAGCAGGCACAGAGCCUGGCGCGUUGCCUCGGAGGCCCUUUUCUGAGUGGUGUUUUCCGGCGAUUCUCCAAAGACCUCCGGCACUACAGGGGUGGACUUCCAGAUCUCGUCGUCUGGCGAACUGAAGAUCACCAGUUUAAGCUGGUGGAAGUGAAGGGUCCCAACGACCGCUUGUCUCAUAAGCAGAUGCUGUGGCUUGCGGAACUGCAGAAGUUGGGAGCACCGGUGGAAGUCUGCCACGUGGUUGCGGUGGGAUCCAAAAGCCAGCGCUGGAGUUGAUAAAAGCUGGUGGCGGCGGUGGCCGGAUGCAAGACUGGUUAUUCAAUACAUUUUGGGCACUUCCCUCUGUGCUUUCUUGGGUGUAGAAAAUUCUUGAUUUCUCAGAGUGUGUAGGGUGCAGCUGCCUUAUUCUGAAGAAAAGAGUGACUUUGAAGGCCUUCUUUUGACCAGAUGUUUUUUUAUCAGAUGUGCCUAUUUUACACUUCUAAUGCAGGAUUUAAGUUUCAUUUAAAAAUAACCCAGUCUGGUUUUAAGCCCUGUCCCUCUUCCAUUUCCUGUGGCAUGGUAGGACAUUUCAGGGUGUUCCUACAGUGUUAAAAAAAGUGUUGCCACAUCUGGAAAACUAGCCCAAUUUACUUCAGGGACCUUUUGUGAAUUGCAACCUGCUUCGUGGUGCCAUGAACCCUCAUACUAGUCUUAAAGGUGCCCCAAUACAUAGGUUUCAUUUUUUGCCUGUGAGUGCAGCAGACAAACAUAGCUACCUGAAGAGCUGCUUCUGCAUGGUUAUGCAAAGAAAUACAUAGAAUUCUGAGUGUGAGUUACACUUUGAUCGAUACAGCAACAUAUAUUAUCAGGUUGCACUUUUCCGAGGAGUUUAAAAGUUGUAUCCGGGGGACUGCUCUUUCCUGUGGCUUUAUUCUGACCCCUUUCCUCCUGUAGGCAGAGUGUUAAAGGGAACCCCUUUUGCAUGGCUUUACUUUCACCAGCUCUGCCCCCCUUCCUUCCAAUGGGGGCAAAGAUUCUGCCCUUCUUCUGUAAUUAAACACACACUCUACUCAGUGAUGGAACAGGCUGCUUGCUGGAACCAUCUGUUCAAAGCAGUUUUGGAAAAACCCUGUUCUGCGCAUGUAGAACUCUGCACCCUUACAAAGACGGCUCUGUUCUCAACAGUAUCAGUGUAGAAGGAUGGUGCCGUGCAAAGGAAGUACCAUCCCAGUCAGAAAAGCAGAGAAGGAGCUCCACACAGCAGGCAGAAGUAGAAAGGUCUGCUUUAAUUAAACCCAGUUUACUUCACAUUCA